UCACCCGAAAGGGUGAUGAAUGCGUGCUUACUACCGGCGCUCUUACAUAUAUACUCACAUAUAUAUACACACACAUAAUAUACACACACCUACUGCUGUGACAAUCCUGCGACAAAGACAGAAAACACGAGUACUCAUGUUCCUAGAAAAGGGAGAACAAAUUCGGCGGACUAACAGUCAGUACACAGUAGUAAGUGUUGCCGCACCGCCAUAUUGAAUUACUCGUUGAUUUUUGUGCGAAGGUGGCGCGUGUUUUUCUCAUUCUCCUGAUUUUUAUUAAUCUCAUACACAUCCCUCCCAGUAGACAACAUUACCCCCAAUAAAUAAAUAAAUAAAUAAUUAAAUACGUCAUAAGUAAAUGUAAAUAAACUCAUAUUAUUUACAUAUGCGAGCCAACAAAUAUAUGAGAAAAUGCCGCGAUUUAAAGACAUUGUGAAAACGUGUAAAAAUAGUGCGUGCUCAAGUAGUAAACGGUCAAGUGUGUGAUGUUGGUCAUUGUCCCCCGUUUAUUAUUUAAUUAAAAAAAAAAAACACUCGAGAGAAUGAAAAAAAAAAACAUAUGUGUAAAUGUCAAAUAUGUUUUCCGAUCCUGAGUAUUUAAUUACUGAGUUAUAAAUUAAUAUUUAAUUUAUCAGUAAUUGCACCGGGUCUGUAAAAAAUUGCCUGUAAUCAAUAAAUAUUUUUAUCAACACAACCUAUAAAUUGAGGGCAGUGACAUCUAGAGAAAUGGAAGCUAUGGAUUUAGAUGGAGAUUCUGUUGUUGACUUGAGUGUCAGUAGCGUAAGACGAGAGUCGUCUUCAGCCUCAAGUAACCUCAGUGGAGAUCCUGGUGUACCAUUGAAUCUGGGUAUUAAUUAUUCAUCGAAUGCUAAUAAUAAUUCGGAUAAUAAUAUAUUAGAGCCGAGAAAUAUUCAAAAUUCUUCCCGCGGUAUUUUGGCUCCGAAAACUGGAGAAGACAGAAGACCGAGACGCAUUCUGAGACCUAGGACUGAAAAAAGUUACGCGGAAAGUCCUGAUGAGCCCAGAAUUAAUGGAUAUGUUAAUGGGAAUAAUUCAGACAGUGAUGAAGGAGAAAUGCCGCCUCUAUUACCAAUAAAAGAAUUGUCCUCGGAUGAAUUGGCGGAGCGGGAAAAAAAUUUGCGUAAACUUAAAGAAGAUUUGAGAUCUGAGGAAAUGAAAUUGGUGUUAUUGAAAAAAAUAAAACAGUCGCAACAGCUCAAAGAAAAUAUCGCGGCAAUACCACCCAAGGUUGCUAAUAAAAUACCUCCACCUGUAACAGUUCAACCGGUAGCUCACAGUCACAGAAUAACUAAAGCACCGCCACCUUUGCUCCGGGGCCAGCCGGCACCGAGUCGCAGCAGUAGUUUACAUGCUCCACCUCCGGGAAUGCUUUUGCCGCCAAAUGCCGGACGAAGUCCUACGUCGAGUACGGGAAUGCCGCCGAAUAUGGUGAUACCACAGCCACCUCAUCCACGAACUCGGCCUCCUAGUGUCUCUGCAAAUGUACCAACGUAUCAUGCGCUACCUGACAGAACUGAACGAUCCACUAAAGACCCAACACCUGUACCCGCGCACCAGCUUGUUGUUGGAUCUCAAGAAAGUAAAACUACGACAGCAAUUAAUACUCCUGUAAUUCCUGAGCAGGAAAGGCCGAGGGAGGACAGUCAGAGGCCAGCCCAGCGUCAAGCAGCAGCAAAAUUAGCAUUGAGAAAUCAGUUGGAAAAAACACUGCUGCAGAUACCGCCACCAAAACCUCCACCUCCGGAGAUGCACUUCGUUCCCAAUCCAUCAAACACAGAAUUUAUUUAUCUUGUUGGAUUGGAGCAUGUCGUUGACUUUAUCACUAAAGAACCGGCCAUACCACCACCACCAGAACCCUUCGAGUGCACCCAGUGUAAGACUGAUUUUACGCCUGUAUGGAAGUGGGAAAAACCUGCGACGAACGGGAAAAAAGAAGGACCACGUGGACAGCACGCGACAUUCCUACGACCUCCCGCUGGACGUGAUCCUAGAGUUAUUUGCGAGCAUUGCGUUACUACAAAUGUUAAAAAAGCGCUUAAAGCUGAACAUACUAAUCGAUUAAAAACAGCUUUUGUAAAAGCACUACAGCAAGAACAUGAAAUGGAACAAAAAUUAGCCCAAGCGGCAAGUCCGAGUCCCGAUCCACCAGCACCAAAACCGGUUCCAAAGGCUGUAACUCCAACAAGACGAGUAGCAACACCACCAGCACCUCAACCAUCAGUUCAACAAGUUCCUCCACCAGCCCCAACUCCACCCACACAAAAACUCCAAGACCAUCCUCUAGUAAAACUCGCCGAAAGCGGUAAAUUUUCUCCCCAUCACGCAGCAGCGGCUGCUGCACUCCAGCAACAACUGAUAAGAGGUAAUGAUUUUUUAUCUCAUAGUUUAUUUAUGAAUUGUGUGUCUUACCCCUUUUUAAAAGUAUUGAAUUACUCGGCAGAAUUGACCAAGUCUCAAGUACCAGGAUUACCACAGCAUCAGCCACUACCGGCUCACAUGAUGCCACAAUUUAAUCCGCUUCUGUAUCCUUAUCAACUUGCGAUGGCUCAAGCUGCCGGAAGUAAAGGAAUGGUCGAGUUGCAACGUCAAGCUGCCGACUUACAACGUCAAUAUCUACUUGACAUGAUACCUUCCCAAGCAUCACAAGGCCAAGGCAAUCAAGCGCCAUCACGAGCACACCCUCACAAUUGGAAGACGUAACCGAGUGCAUAGCAAGAAGCUCGAGAUUCAAGGGCCAGAAAGCACAAGUGAAAAAAUGUUAA